AUGUUAACGAAAUGCAUUGCAGUUGAAGAACCAGAUAUAGUUUCUGUAUCAAUUCUUCCUGGUGUUGUUGAUACAACUAUGCAAGCCAACAUACGCGAAAAUGGAUUGACAGCACAAAUGAAACAAACUGAUUAUCAAAGAUAUAUAGAUCUUUAUGAGUCGAAGACAUUAGUUCAUCCUGAUGAUCCAGGUCGUGUAUUGGCUGCUUUAGUUGUAGGUGGUGCCACUCAAGAAAUGAGUGGAGAAUCAUAUAGAUAUAAUGAUUCUAAAUUAGCCCAUCUAUUAAAUAACAAAUGA